GAUCGAUCGAUAUCAUCCAGCCUGUCGGACGCCCGGGACGCACUGGUGAAUGCGGUGGUGGACUUGGGGAGCGCCUACAAGAGCAACGUCUCCAACCUUCAGCAGUCUGGACUUGUCCUCCUGCAGCCAUGCGUCUCUUCCCCCUCUACAUCCUUGCUCUACUUAAACAGAAAGCCCUGCGGACGGGCACCAGCACGAGGCUGGACGAGCGGGUCUUUGCCAUGUGCGAAUUCAAGACUCAGCCGCUGCAGCAGCUGAUGCGAAUGGUUCAUCCUGACCUCUACCGACUGGACAACAUCUCUGACCAGGGGGCGCUUCAUCUGAACGAUACCGUAGUCCCUCAGCCUCAUCUGCUCCACCUGUCUGCUGAGAGGCUGAGCAGAGAUGGAGCUUUCCUCAUGGACUGUGGCAACGUGUUUUAUCUGUGGAUUGGCAAAUGCUGCAACGAAAUGUUCAUCCGAGAUGUUUUGGGCUGCCCGAACUACGCUUCAAUUCCCCCAACAUGAGUCACAUUCCGGAGCUGGAGACUCCUCUCUCUGAGAGGGUGCGAGCUUUCCUCGACUGGCUCCACGACAACCGAGCGUUCAGCUCCACGAUACAUGUCGUCAAAGAUGAUGCCUCGGCUAAAGCCACUUUGUUCCAGCACCUGGUGGAGGACCGGUCAGAGUGGGCUUCUUCCUAUCAUGAAUUCCUGCAGCACAUUCAGCAGCAAGUGUCCAAGUAGACUCCCAUCACGCUGAGAAAAACUUUGACCACUAGAUUCCUUAAACAAGAGCGUGAAAGGACUUGUAACCUGAUAGAGUGAAAGCUAGUGUUAGCCAGCAAUGGACACCCAUCGCUGCGUCAGACCAGUUUUAGCGAGGCGAGUUUCCUCCCCUUCUUUUAAACGGUCUCAUUCAAAUCAAAGCUUGUUGGUCACCUGCGAUUAGACCAGCAGAAGGGGAGGGAAGAGGUAGUUUUAGAAAAGAAUAACGAGUUACCGAAAAGAAUGAAUGAACGAAUGAAAUUGCUAAAAAACAAACAUCCUGCAGCGGCUCUUGCCGCCUCUUUAACCACUGUCAAACAUUUUAACCUUCUCGUAAAUCCAUCGCUCCCGAGAGGAGGAGGAGAAAGUCGAGCCAAGAAGAUGCCACUUCAACAUCUUUUAUUUCAGUUUGUUUUGUGAGCCUAAAAUGUAGCUUGUGCUUUUUCUUUCUUUUUCUUUCCUUUUUUUUUUUUUUAAUUUCCCGAUACAUUCCCUUCCCUUUGUUUCAUUUCAAGACUGUUUUGAAAACACUGGAGAACAGAAACAAAAAUCGGGCAUGUGCUUUGAACGGCGACACGCAUGCCGCCUUUUUGUCCGCUGCUAGUCUGCUGAUGAGCGACGGCUGCCGGGAACGUGAUGGGACACCAGUCGGAUGUUUAACCCUCCCGUCGGCUCCGUCUUCUCUGCUCCGCUUUAUGAACUCCCGAGUUGUUGAGAUCGCUCUCCAUAAACUUUCCCCCACCCGCCGGCAGUCUUCUCUUCAUUUGUUUUAUCUUUUUUUCUCCAGGCGCUAACUAAGUUGCUACCCACUUUGUAACUACUGAAAGAAUCUUUUAUGUGUGAUUAUUUAUGAACCAGCUUAUUAAAUAAAGACAAAAACAGAACUCUG